CGACAUCACCAGGGGCAGCGAACAAUAUGGCGUGCUCCUGUUCAUCUGUUUUCACAAUUUCAUGAUACGUUUCGUUUAUAAUUGGGCUGUUCUUUUGUAACCACAGGGGUGACACAAGUAGGCUAGGACCUUUCGAGUACGCGCUGCGUUCCUCUGGCGCAGUAAACAAACGCUAUCGUCCAUGGAGCGUCGCAUUGCAACCGACUGAUGCAGGCGGGAGUUUUUGCUAUAAGUGUAAUGAUCGUUGUUCGCUCCCUGUUACGUGUGUGUCAUGGCAGAAGGAGGCUACAGACUACCAGUGACAAAGGAUACCGAACUGAGAUUCCUCGAAAAUCCAGCACGUUUGAAGUUGACAAACGUGCUAGACGUCAGUGGGGCAUGGAAACAGCUGAUGCACAUGAUUACGCACCCUGACCACCCAGGAAGCUUGUUAUUUACUGCUGACCACGUCAGGCUACUAGAAAACGAAACUCGGCGAAGCCCAACUGAUGAAAUGCUGAAGACGUGGAGUACGACGGGACGCAACCGUCCAAGGAUCUCAGAUUUGCUGCGUCUGCUGAAAGAUGCCGAAUUGAACAGGGCAGCAAGCAUCAUAUCUCUCGAAGUGUUGAAAGAACAAACUAUUGACAAUGGUGAUGAUGAUGAAUGCAUUGCUGUUGAAGAUUUUGAGGUUGAGCCUACAGCACCUCCUCUGUCUGAGCCUUUAAAUGGCAACGUUAGCGAUAUGGACAUUCCUGUGUUUGAAUACAGGCACCUCGUUCAAGCAACAAGAAAUUUCUGCAACAUUCCAUGGAACCAAGGUGGUUGCAAACUUGGGGAGGGAGCAUUUGGUGUCGUUUACAAGGGGACGUUAGAAGAUGGAUCAGUAGUGGCUGUCAAGUGCUUGAAAGAAUAUUUUCCUGACCACUUUCUGACCGAAGUGGAACUACUGAGAAGGCAUGCUCAUCCCAAUUUACUCCCACUGCUGGGCAUUGGAAGGAGUGUCAACGGCCAUUGUUGCAUCGUAUACCAGUUCAUGCAAAUGGGAUCUCUUCAAUCCUGCAUUGCCAGAGAGAACAAUACCCCCGCCAUAGACUGGAAGAAGCGGUUCUCUAUUCUGAAGGAUGUUGCUGCAGGAAUAAAUUUCCUGCAUACACGCACUCCGAAAGCCUUCAUUCACAGAGACAUUAAGAGUGCAAACGUCCUGCUAGAUAAUGACCUUACGGCAAAGCUGGGAGACUUUGGUCUGCUGCGCGUCCUGUCCGGGAACAACACUACAAGAACGGAUGUUGUUGUUGGGACGACUAUCUACAUGGCACCUGAAACAUUUCUGGGAAAGCUCUCCCCUGAAAUGGACACUUACAGCUUUGGUGUGGUCAUCAUGGAGGUCCUGACUGGCCUUGCACCCUAUGACAACAACCGAGUGAGAGGAAAGGACAUUCUGUCGUACCUGGAGGAGGUGUACGAUGACGAUGAGAUGCCCGUGCCAGACGGUUCAGCUGGGUACUGGGACCUUGAACUAGCUCAACACUUGCAUGAUAUUGGAAAACAUUGUAUCAACCCUGAAAAGAAGAGGAGACCAACGAUGCAAAUGGUAUAUGACCGGAUUGUGGAGCUAAACAAUGCCUUGCCAACUGCACCGAUAUAGCCCUUGACAUUACAGGCUCAUUCGGGCUUGAUAAAAAUAAAUAUAAAUAUUUUUGUUGCGUU